CUCCUGGAGCAACGUGGAUAGCUGGAUACAAUGUUGUUGUCAGAACUGAGAGUAACAAGUGUUUACAAUGAGCUCCAGAAAUAAAGGUUCUAGGGUAGAAAGGGAGACAUCAUCAUCAUGUGUGUUUUUUACAUUUGUGUUGUGUAUAGCAGUACUGUGGAGUUUACGCCGCUGGUGGAACAACACGCCUCAUUUCCAUUCUACUGCUGUCAGUCGAAGGAGAAAAUUUACCCGGGAUCCAGCAGAUGGAAGGCGCCCACCACCUCUUCCCGUUGCAAUAAGGGAUCGAUUGCAGAAGGGAGGAAAAUCGGAUUAUUUCCUUGUGAUGCCAGGUAGCAGGCGAAAUGUAACAAGACCGUCUUCUGGGCGACCGCCAGCUCUGCCGUUAGGCCUUCCGUCCUGCGAUGACGUGCAGAAAUCUAGGGAUGUUGAUUCUGACAGCGAAUCAGGGAAAAAGGAGACAAAAGUGCGGUCACAUCAUAAUUUGUAUAGGGGAGCAAUUGGAAGCAUACGACUCUAUCUCAUUGAGCAACCACUUCACUUCUGCAUGGAUGGACUUUCAUUCAGAGCAAGACAGAAUGGAUCUCCGGGACAAUACGGAGAAAAUACUUCAUCGAGGUUAAUAGUUCCAAAACACAUUCCAGUUCCAAGCAUACCUCAAGAUGGAAGUAUGAUAUUUGAAAUGCUGAUGUUUAUUUUCACUGUGGCCUCAUCAUUUUUACAGUUCCUCCACUUGUAUCGAACAGUUUGGUGGCUGCCACAAUCGCAUACAAAGUAUACUAUGAACUUCUAUCUUAUUGAUCCAUACCUGGUAGGAUUUAUUGUUACCAUUUUGGGUCGACGCCUUGUAUAUUGUGCCUUAACUCAUUUUGUGAUAACUUGGUGCCCAGCACAGCUGUGGCCCUUAGUGCAACAGCUUCUCAGGUUAAUUCUGUUAUGCCUGGUGAUGUCUUCCCUGGUUUGGUCUGCAUACCACAUUUUGCAAAAUCAUCCAAUAGUAAAUAUUUUCUAUUUGUGCUAUCCGAUUUCUGUUUAUUUUAUCCUGUUUGGGCUCAGCAUAAGCCCAUUUUUUGAUGUUACCUCAUUAUCUGCGGUAUCAAAAGAGGAAUGCAAAGGACGUCCAAUUGUAGGGAAGCCAAUGCAUAGCUGUUCAAUGUCACCAUACAUAAUAAGGGAUGAAAUAGAAGCACUGAAGACUGAUUUUAAUAAUAGAAUGAAACAAGUGCUGUUUAGCUCUGUACUUAAUGCCUAUUAUGCAGGAUUUGUGCCUUGUUGCUUUGCCCAGAGUUUCCUUUAUUACGAUGUCUACUGGGCAACACAGCAUCUAGCAUUUGUUUGGCUUGGGUGCUUUAUGAUGUAUAUUGUACAUUGCUAUCCAGUGAGAUACUGUGAUAUUCUACAUCGUGCAGCCUUGCACCUGGGAUGCUGGUCGAGGAUUGAAGGGAGAUCUACUCAUGUACCAACACACGUAUGGGCCGAGUCAACAGUGUGGCAUCAUGGAGCAUUGGUGAAACACUGCAAAGAAAUCUACAGAGCUGAUGGAAUAUCAAAUGCAGCGGAACCAGGAAACCAGACACAUGCAAGGUUCUAUGCCAUAUUCAACAACCCAUCUGUUCUUCUAUGCAUCCUGUUGGGACUUCAGCUACUCCUUAUUGCAAUACAACUUAUGGUGUUAAUUAGGUGUUCAGAAUGGUACCAAGUUAUGUCACUUGCACUUUUGUUAUUUGCAAAUUACUAUUCUCUUUUUAAACUGGCAAGAGACUAUUUUGUAUGUUGGAAAGUUUACAAGGCUGAACAAAUGAUACAGGAUAAAUUAGGAAGUUGACGUUUGUCAACAGAACCAUCUCAUAAUGAUCUCAUGCUUCCUUUAGAAAAUUGUAUUUCUAUUACCUUUUACAUUGUGAGGUGUUUAACAACAGACAACACUAUUUUUAUAAAAAAUAUAUUAUUCCUAUGGAAUAAGAAAAUUAUACUGAUGUGUUAUGUAAACACAGCCUUUUAAUACAAACAUGUAAUGUAAAACUACAAGCAAUAACUUAGCACUGCCUGAAAUGAACGCCUCCAUGUUAAUCCUUUGGAUAGAUAGCUUUUAAGUUUGGCCCUGGUAUGUACUGUGCUCCAUCAAAAUACUCAAAUUUACUGUCAACAUCUGCAUUCUGUAUCUGCAAGAGAUAAAGAUUUUGCAGUAUUAGUCAAGAAAGUGGAAAACUUAAAAUACUUAAUCUAACAUUCUCUAUGUACAAUUCAGCAAAGUGCACAGGUUCAGUUCAACACAGACCAUACAACUUUGGAUUGCAUGGUCUGUCUUACCAAGACAUACACCAAGUUUCAAUUUUACCUCUAACAUUUUUAACAUCACAGUAUUUGUAAUAUACUGCUAUAGCAUGUGUUGGUAAAUUUACUGACACUGUAAAUAUUGUUACAUAGAAAUAAAACACUAUUUGUGGAUUUUUAAGAAAUCUCACGCAUUACAAAUUUCAGUAUUCUAAAGAAUUUAUCACCAAUCAUCUGCUGCCAUGCAUCAGUAUUAUUUAUGAAAAUGAUUUUAUGGGUAAGAGUCAUAUUUACCCAAUUCAACAAAACAUGUUAUUCUGGACACCUGAGAUUGUUACCGACAGUCAGUCACUGCAAAAUGAGAGAGACCACGCCUACUGACAUACUGUCAAGUCACAAAAAAUGCACUCUUUCGUAGACUUUCGCCCUACAAUCCUUACACAUGACAAAGCCAUAAUUGUCUGCAAGCUCUGCACUAUUUGUAUUUUAAGAUUUUUCUCUCCAUUUCUUUACACUGACAAACUACAAUAUCAUUUAUUUCAAGUAAGCUAAUAGUAGUAUCUUAUAGCUUGUCAUGCAUUCAUUGCAUUGUCUUAAAUUAAUUCAUUUGCUACAGAUGCAUUCCAUGGAUUGAAGUACUUUCUGUGAUAUAUUAUUAAUGUCGAAAUAUUAAUUGAGCAAUACAUGUGAAGUACGCAUGAUUUUAUCUGGUCAUUACAAAGAUUACACUGCUUAAAAAUAUGUGAAUGAGUCAAGAAAAAAUAAUCACAUUUACAAAAUUAAGUGUAAAUGAGGUGAAAGCUCAAAAGGUAAUACAGAAGAACAUGGAAAUAAUGUAUGAAGGCGUACUGAAAAGUAAUGCCUCCAAAUUUUUUUUAUGGGAGGACUCUUAAAGCUUUAUAAAUAAAACACAGUAUUAACAUUCUA